ACAGAAGCUGAUGCACAUGUUGGAAAAUUGGAAGUCGUUGAUCAUUUCAGCAAGAAAGUACAUCCAAAGGAAUCGAAAAUUAAUCAAGAACAGAAGAAAGUAAAUAGCAAGCAUCAGCUCCCAUCAGACAAGUUUCCAUCUCUGUUGGUGUCAGUUGGCAGUGCUAAGGAAUUGUCUGCAGAAUCAACCUGUGCAGGCCUUGAAAAUCAAGACAAAGGAUUAUUACUGAACGGUACGUUUAAUGAGGAGGGGUCUGCAAUGUCCUUUCAGGAAGCUUUGAUUCAAUGGAGAAAAGGUAAUUCUUGUCACAGAGAAGAACUGCAUGCUGGAAAGGUCCUAUCAGAAUCUGUGGGAAUUUGUGAGGUACAGACGAAUCUCACUGUUACGAAGGAACCUAUCCAAAUCAAGUUCAAGGAGGAUGGCCUGAGCUACAUGGAGAAACUCUUGCUUAAGAAAUACCGGAGAACUCCUGUUGAUCAAAUUUCUGGUAGUCGCAUUAAAGAUUUAAGGCCUGUGGAAACACUGAGUGUGCAUCAGGCUGUGAUUGGAGAAGGGGAAGAAGGAGAUGCUGAAGUCGAUGACUUAACAGCUGAAGAGGUGAAGAGAUAUUGGACAUCGGUUUUUAGAGAGGAAGUACCCAACACUGCUGCUGACAGUACAGAGUCCUCUUUGAAAAUUGAGUUCCUUGAUGAUUUCCAGGAUGUAACCAAAAAACAGAAAUCUGUGUCUGCAUGGCACUGGGGACUUGAAGAUUUCUUUGUUUUAGGUGCAAACCCCAAACAAGUAAUGCUUGGAGCACAUUCUUCACUGUGUGCUGACUCUAGCUCUGUGGAUGCUAGCAUCCCGUUUCCAGGAGAUGGAAAGUGGGUUGCUGAAAGGAGCUUAAGUGAAUACGCUGAUGACUCUGUAGUUCAGGGUAUCUUAGAAAGUCAGUUGAAUAGAACUUCAAGGGGUCUGGAGACUCAAAAUAGAAUCUCUCCCCUAAUGGCAGUGUGGAGGUCAUACCCAGGGAAUGAUUCUAGAAGACCUUGGUCAACAAAUAUACUACACUCUAAACUGACUGGGAAUUGUCCACCAAACACACAGCCAAGACCAAAGAGCUCACCUGUACCUACGGUUAGAGUUGAUGCUGAGAUAUCAAAACACACGUGCCUUGAUGUAACUAAACAAGAUGAGUAUCUUUGGGAAUAUAUUGCUGACCAAGAAGCCCUACUUACUCUGGAAAAAGAAUUACAAAGUUAUCUGUCAGGUCCUGAAAAAUGUUACAGUUCAACGUUUGAAGAUGUAACCUCCUCCAGCAGACACUCAGAGUUGAUGUGUGGAAGUAAGGAUGUGGAGCUAAAAGGCUGCAGCAGAGUUGAUACUCUCAAGGGCUGGGAUGAGAGCCAAGUGGAUGAUGAGGAAGAUAUUCUGGAGGAUAAGCAACAGGUUCUUGCAUUACAAUGA